GGAGAAACCGGAAGCGGGGUCGGAGGGACAAAAAGAUGCCGGCUGCGUUAGAGUGAGGGAAGAGGAGGAGGAAGUCGGUCCUGACUGAGGAGGAAUAGCGAGACUCCUUCUGCAAAGCGAAGGAAGAAACAGAGGAUUGCUUUGGUCUGUACUUAUUUAUCAAGUGAGGUGCAUUUUUGAUACCGAAGAUGGCAACAACUCUUUCAGUGCUGCAAGAGGAACUUGCUUCUGUUGAUAGUGAACUGCAGGCAGUGGAGCUCCAAGUUCAAGAACUUCUGGAACGUCAGCAGGAACUUCUUAAGAAGAAGACAGUCCUGGCAAAGAAAAUAAAACAAUUUUCUGAUACUGAGAGUGGGAGCAGCAAAAAUACUGAAUCAGCAGCAGAAAGCUGGAACAAGGAAGAUUUUCCAUGGUCCACAAAGGUCAGAGAUAUGUUGCAAAGUAACUUCAAGCUACCCAGAUUUAGACCUUUGCAACUGGAAACUAUCAAUGUUACAAUGGCAGGAAAAGAUGUGUUCCUUGUUAUGCCUACGGGUGGUGGAAAGAGUUUGUGUUAUCAGCUACCAGCAGUCUGUUCUGGUGGUUUCACACUUGUGAUAUGUCCUCUUAUCUCACUUAUGGAGGAUCAGCUAAUGAUGUUAGAACAACUUGAAGUUUCUGCAACUUUACUGAAUGCAUCAAGCAGCAAGGAACAUGUAAAAUGGGUCCAUGCUGAAAUGCUGUCCCACAGUUCACAGCUAAAACUCAUUUAUGUGACCCCAGAGAAGAUUGCAAAAAGCAAGAUGUUUAUGUCGAAGCUGGAAAAAGCUUAUCAAGCAGGAAGGCUUUCACGCAUUGCGGUGGAUGAAGUCCAUUGCUGCAGCCAGUGGGGACAUGACUUCAGGCCUGAUUACAAAUUACUUGGUAUAUUAAAGCGCCAGUUUCCCAAUGCAUCUUUGAUUGGUUUGACUGCAACUGCAACUAGCCAUGUUCUGUGUGAUGCUCAGAAAAUUCUUUGUGUUCAGAAGUGUAUUACUUUCACAGCCUCAUUUAACCGACCCAACCUGUAUUAUGAGGUUCGAGAAAAGCCAUCAACUGCUCAAGAUUUCAUUGAAGACAUUGUGAAGCUCAUCAAUAGACGAUACAAAGGUCUUUCAGGAAUUAUCUACUGCUUUUCCCAGAAGGAUGCUGAACAAGUUACAAUGAGUUUACAAAAACUAGGGAUCAAAGCAGGGACCUACCAUGCAAAUAUGGAACCCAAAGAUAAGAGCAAAGUUCACAAGCACUGGUCUGCCAACGAAAUCCAGGUCGUAGUGGCCACUGUUGCCUUUGGCAUGGGAAUUGAUAAACCAGAUGUGAGAUUUGUAAUACAUCAUUCAAUGAGCAAAUCCAUGGAAAACUAUUACCAGGAGAGUGGACGUGCAGGUCGGGAUGACCAGAAAGCUGACUGCAUCUUAUACUAUGGUUUUGGGGACAUAUUCAGAAUCAGCACAAUGGUGGUGAUGGAAAAUGUAGGACAACAGAAAUUAUAUGACAUGGUUUCCUAUUGCCACAGCAUGAGCAGGAUUUGUGUUUGCAGAUGCCGUCGAGUGCUGAUAGCUCAUCACUUCGAUGAGGCCUGGGAUUCUGCCAACUGUAACAAAAUGUGUGACAAUUGCUGUCGAGAGGAGUCAUUUGAAAAUAUGAAUGUGACAGGGCACUGUCAGGAUCUCAUCAAGAUUUUAAAGCAAGUGGACCACAUGAAGGAGAAAUUCACUCCUCUAAAAUUGACUGAUGCCUGGCUUGGGAAAGGUUUGUCAAAACUAGGAGUACGAGAUGUUGUUGCUCCCAAGCUUCCACGUGAGGUACUGGAGAGAAUCAUUGCCCAUUUGAUACUGCAGCAGUACCUGAAGGAAGACUUUAGUUUUACAGCAUUUGCUACAAUAUCCUAUGUGAAGAUAGGUCCCAGAGCUGAUCUUCUGAAAAAUAAGGGUCAUGUUAUCAAUAUGCAAGUGAUAACAAGGAAAAACAGUAUUGCUAAGGUCAGAUCACCUCAAUUAUCCAGUCCAGAAAGCCUGAUCCGAAAGAAAAUGGAGGUUACAUGCAAAAAACAGCAAAAUGAACGUAAACGGACUCAUUCAAAAAAUCCCACCCAAGCAAAAAAGUCUAAAACUGCCAUAAAUGAAGAAGAGAGUGAGCUUAUGAUCAUAGAAGAUUGAGAAGGUGGAUUCAAACAUGUUUUGCACUACUCAGCUUGUCCUGUAGGGAAAACAAGGGCAUACAGAAUGCAUUUUUUUUCUUCAACCAUGCAGACAUAAGAAAUCACAGCAAAUUGGUAGCACUGCAAGGAGAAAUGCUUGAAGAAAAUAGUCACAGAAGCCAACAAUUUCAGUUAGCGGCCACUACCAGUGUACAAACUUAUUUUUGAACGUCUUUCCUUUUUUGCAUGGCAGGAUUUUCUUUGUGCAAUAAUUCUGCAGUGUCUGUUUUUAAGAGUAUGGGGCAGACCAGAAAGAAGAAUAUCCCAUCCCAACUCCCACUCCUCUGUAAAUUCAAGAGCUCUAAAAUGUUGUUUAUUUUCAGCAAAAUUCAAUAUGUAUUAUUUUUCAUUCUCUUAUCAUGAUGCAAAAAAGUAGGUAAGGAGUGUAUUUUAUUUUUUUGAAAAAAGGUAAAAAUUUGUACUUCAUUCAUCUUUUAUACAAUAAAAAUAUCUCUUUUCAAGUUGU